AUGAAACGAAGCCGCGGAUCAGUCAUGUCACAGUCACCGUCAUCUUCCACACCGGCGUGUGCUCGACAUGGGAUGGAACUUUCUCCGUUGUUUGCGUUUGCCCGAGAUUCGGAUACCGACAAUUCAGCCGAUCAUUCCGGUCUCCAGGUCUCCCCGCUUCUGUCAAAAAAUCGUUUAUCGGCAAUUCCUUAUCCUGCACUUGAAGUGGAGACCCAGAAUUUCAUCAAAUGUGGGUUUGCUGUUAAUGGAAGUAACGACACACCGUCACCUGAUGGACACAGUUUUGGUGUUGAUUUAUCUGAUCGUUCAAUAGGAAAAGGUUAUCUAAGCGAUCACUUACAACAUAGUCUUUCUUACGCUCGUCACAUGGAGCAACGUGCAAUGCAUUUGUCCACCAGAAUCAACCACUCAGCGAACCUGUCCAUGAGUCCACGAUUACUGUUUACCCCGGACACGAAUAGCACUGUGGGUAUGGCAGACUCCGCCUCAGAACAGAGAAAAAGAGCCUCGAUGGUUGAUGACCUGAACAUGCAUUCCUAUUUGAGUAUUAGUCAACAAACCGCAACCACCGUAGAGCGCUACGCUCGAUUGGCAGAUGUAUGCCCUGAAGUUUUAAACCGUCCAACUAUCAAUCGGUUCAUGACUCGUUUUGUCCCUGGGGAAAAACACCAAGAAGAACGACCAGUUGGUAUUAAUCCCAUAUUUAAUUGCAACAAUCUCGCUGGAUCUUUCUCCAAUUUAACCGAUAUUUCACGUACCCGUUUGGCGGUUUUAUAUAAAGCUCGACAUCGACUGAGUGGUGUUCUCUAUUGUUUGAAGCGCUCUCGCUGUGAUUUUGAACUAGAACGACCAAACGGAAGCUCCUCCGGUGAAAUGCUAAACGAAGUUCAAGCACUAGCCCUCCUCCAGCACCCCAACAUUAUCCGGUUUUACGGCUCCUGGUACGAAUCGGACUCAGUCUAUACCCAACUAGAAUAUUGUCUCGGCGGAAGUCUGUUCCACUUCCUUCAUCCAGACAGACAGUUGGAUACAUCGGAAGCCGUACCUCGUGUAACCUCACCCAUGGAAUUGCUCUGUGAUGAUCGCCACUCAGCUCAAGCAGAUGCAAUCUACUCAACCGGUUCCUCACCGAGUGAUGCCAUACGAAACGCAUUACCUGAAAAGGCCCUCAUUGUUUUGACCGCUCACAUUCUGGGUGCAUUGCAUUACAUGCACACCAGUUGGUCUAUGGUACAUGGGGAUGUGAAACCCAGCAACAUUCUCAUUCAACUGAGCAGACCGGAGGCGUACUUAGCAUCCACUAAGGAAUCCAUCGAGUUGGAUGCGAAACAUCACUGUCACAAGCUUCUUCUGACCGGCGAUACCACGGGUAUCAUGUUCAAGCUGGCUGACUUCGGACGUGCCUCUCGUGCCGGAGAAGACCGAGAUGGGGAAGAUCUUGGUGACGGGCGUUAUCUCCCUCGCCUAAACGACCCCAGUCCUCCUGCACGGGCUGCUACUGGGCGAGACCUAUACGCAUUGGGCAUUACCUUAUAUCAUUCAGCUGGAGGUCCCAUGUCUGCUUCCGUUUGGGAAAGAUUACGUGAAACAGAGUGUUUGCCUGACCUGUCGGUCCUUCCGCACUCGCUGAUGUCAGUCGUUAAGGGUCUACUUCGCCCACUUGCUCAGGAUCGACCAACAGCUGCCGAACUGAUCACAUGCGCCCUUUUUCGUCCAUACGUGAGCUCUCGCACUGAAGGCUAUUCCGCAUCCGAGACUCGCGGUGUCGAAAUUGCGAAAAGUUUCAAGGCCUAA